AUGGCAUGUCUCCUCCUCUUCCUCCUCCCUCCUCCUCCUCCUCCUUCAAGAUUCCCCAGUCCCUCAAGAUUAAGAGAAACUGAAGAGACCGAAAUCGUCCCAUCAUCAUCAUCGUCCUUAUCCUCCUCCACUUUCAGAGACUUCAGACCACUCGAUGGUCGUAAGAAGGCCGGUGGUGGUAUCCAUCGCUGCAAGACUGCCCCGGCUAUAGCAGUUGUGCGAGACCUUAGGCAACACCAAACCCAGAUCCAGAAACCUCAGUUGGACGCCAAUUCCAUCAUCGUCAGGCAAUCCAUCUUAUUCCUCAUCAUCUAUCUCUCUGUGGGCGUGCUAAUCUAUUCCUUUAAUCGAGACUAUUUCUCGGGACUUGAAACCCAUCCCGUCGUCGACGCUCUCUACUUCUGCAUUGUCACCAUGUGCACAAUCGGGUACGGCGACAUCGCCCCUUUGACGCCCGCCACCAAAUUGUUCGCAUGCGCCUUCGUACUCGUGGGUUUUGGGUUCAUAGACAUCUUGCUAAGUGGGGUGGUAAAUUACGUGCUGGACUUGCAGGACAACAUGAUCUUGACCACCAUUCGUGCCGGUGCCGGUGCCCGUGCCGGAGGAUUUUCGGCGAAGAAGUACAUUUUCGACUUGGAGAAGGGGAGAAUGAGGAUAAGGAUAAAGGUGGGGCUUGCACUUGGGGUCGUAAUUUUGUGCAUUGGCACAGGGACUAUGAUCUUGUAUUUCGUGGAGGAUUUGGGGUGGAUCGAUUCUGUUUAUUUGUCGGUUAUGUCAGUUACGACCGUUGGUUACGGUGAUAGGGCCUUCAAGACUUUGCCUGGGAGGCUAUUCGCCUCUGUUUGGCUUCUCUUCUCCACACUUGCCGUGGCACAAGCGUUCCUUUACUUGGCGGAGGCAAGGAUUGAUAAGAGACAUCGUAGAAUUACCAAUUGGGUUUUGCAUCGUGAUAUCACUGUUGAGGAUUUGCUUGCCGCCGAUGUCAAUCACCAUGGUUUCAUCAGUAAAUCAGAGUAUGUUAUCUACAAGCUCAAAGAGAUGGGAAAGAUAGGAGAGAAAGAUAUAUUGCAGAUCUGCAAUCAGUUCAAAAAGCUUGACCCCAACGAUUCAGGGAAGAUAACACUGCCUGAUCUCUUGGAGAGUUAUAGAUGACAGG